GGCAGGCUGGGCUGGGGCCAAGGAGCUCAGAACGAGGAUACCCCAAUGCUUCCUUCCUGCUGCACAAAAAGUCCCGAGUGGGUUUUGCUCUGAGCUGUCACCUCUCCAGCAUGCGAUGUGCCCACCCUGUCCCACUGAGAGCCGCCAGGCCCAAACACAACUGUCCUGGGAGCUUGUGUGAUGGCAUCCCUUAAGGAAAUUGCUUUCCCUUCCUCAGCAGCAGUGUAGGGAGCUGGAGCCCCUCAGCAGGCAGAGCUGUGCCUUGUGCCUGCUCCUGCUAUGGGGCUGGGGCUCUCUGUGCCCUCUGAUCCUGCAGCUACAUGCAGCCAUGCCAGUGUUUGUCUCCAUUCCCACUCCCACAUCCCACAGAGGCAGCCGGCCUAGAGCUGGCACCAUGGGUACGGUGUGCUCCCUAGCAGAGUUGGUUCCAUGCCACUUCCGCCUGGUUUUAAAGCAAAUCUUUCUACCUUGUUUCCGGUGCGAGUUCCCUUUCUGCCCUCACUCGGGCUGUGCAAGCAUGGGGGAAGUGCCUUGCCCUCCGCGUUCACUUGCUCAGAGUUUGGCAAAGCGAGGAGCAAAGGGAUGAGCAGCGUGGCAUCGGCAGGCACCUGCCGCCGCCGAGCGACACCGGCCCCGGGUCUCCUGCGGGCGAACCCCGGUGCUCAGGGUGGGCUCCACGCCCUGCGCUCUCGUGCCUCCACCUGGUGAUCCGCGCAGGACGUCGGGGGCAUCGGGAAUCGGGGCCCGGGAACAGAUCCGGGGGGGCCGGGCGGGCGCGGCACCGCCUCCACCGGCAGCGGGCGGGCCCCGCGCGGAGCGAAGCGGCGGCGCUGAGCGGAGAGCGGCGGAACGGGCGGCGAGGAGCUGGGCGGCAGCCGAGUCAAGUCCCACCACUGCCGUGGGCCGGAUGGGUGGCACGGUGGGGCUUGGGCCCGGGGACCCCCAGGGUGGCUGAGCCAUCCCAUGGCGGCAUCAAGUGCGGGUGCCUUUGCGUGGGUCUCCUUCCCCUCCAUGCCCACGCGGCGCGUGUACUGCAGCGCGGCGCACCACGACGGGCAGCUCUUCGUGCUGGGUGGCUGUGGAGGCAGCGGGAGAGCCCUGGGAGCAGCCGAGGUGCUUGACCUCCAGGCCCAGCGCUGGACCGCGCUCCCUCCGCUGCCCACGCCACGGGCUGGUGCUGCCACCCUGGCUGUGGGCAAACAGAUCCUGGCAGUGGGCGGUGUGGAUGCCUCGCAGAGCCCCCUCGCCUCUGUCGAGAUCUACCAUGUGGAUGAGGGCAGGUGGGAGAAGGCAGCAGCGCUGGCACAGCCCUCCAUGGGCAUCGCGGCCGUGCAGAGAGAUGGUGCCGUCUAUGUUCUGGGGGGAAUGGGAGCAGAUACCUCUCCGCAGGCGCUGGUUCGCGUCUAUGAGCCGGCGAAGGACCACUGGCAGCCGCUGCCCUCCAUGCCCACACCAUGCUAUGGGGCCUCUGCCUUCCUGCAGGGCAACAAGAUCUUCGUCUUGGGGGGCCGGCAGGGCAAGCUGCCCGUCACCGCCUUUGAGGCUUUUGACCUGGAGACAAAGAGCUGGACGCGCUACCCCAGUGUGCCCAGCCGCCGCGCCUUCGCCUCCUGCGCCAUGGCUGACAGCGUCUUCUUCAGCCUAGGGGGGCUGCAGCAGCCAGGGCCACACAACUUCUACUCCCGACCACAUUUCGUUAACACCGUGGAGAUGUUCGACCCCGCGCAGGGUGCGUGGAGCAAGCCCAGCCGUGCCAUCCGCAUGAGGGAGAAGAGAGCUGACUUCGUUGCUGGCUGUCUGGGAAGAUACGUGGUCGCCAUGGGUGGCCUUGGGAACCAGUCGUGCCCGCUGGACUCAGUGGAAGGGUUCAGCCUCACACGGAAGAGGUGGGAGCUGCUGCCCCCCAUGCCCACUGGCCGCUGCUCCUGCUCCAGCUGCCCAGCCCCUGACCUGCUCUUCGUCAUCGGUGGAGUGGCCCAGGGCCCCAGUGGAGCUGUUGAGGCUCUCUGCCUGCGUGAUGCACCCUGACAAUGGCUCUUCAGCCUGGGGAGCAGCCCCAGCAGAGCAUCAAGUGCCUGAAGACGGGGACAGGGUGUGCAGGGCUCCAAGAAGCUGCCAUCCCGUGAUACCAAGUACUGCAGCAGCGUACUGCAGCAGCCACGGUUUCUUGCAACGCACCAGAAACCCCUCCAGGCUCCCACAGCAGCGGAGUCCAGGGGCAAAACCUGGUGCCCAGGGUAGGACGAGGCUGCUGGCAUGGGGAGCCAUGGAGGUAGGGCUGUCGCUGGCCAUGCUGCCCCAUCCAGCCCCGUGUCCGUGCCGUGUGUGUAGCAGUGAGUGCUGUGUCGUUGUAGACCCAGUCGAUGUCUCAUGUAGCGCAGAGGUGCCCUGUAGCUCAGUGCCUAGGAGGUGAUGUAGCACCUCAAAUAAAUGAAAUGUGAAGUUUUAGCUUACUGCAGUCAUGUCAUCCUGCUGUGGGGGGGACAAGGGUUGCCCCAGCUUGCUUAGCACUUGCUUGAACCUUAUUGGUUUUAGCUUCAUGCAAAGUCACACACUUUAAAGCACAGACAGGUCGGAACAGAUGCAGGUGAGAGAUUCAGUCUUUUAAUAAGAUGACAUUAGAAAAAAUCUCAUGGGCCGGGGUAAAUAUCAAACGUGAGCAUCUGACCUUUCAGAGAGGGUGGCCAGUGUGCUGCUGCUGCAUCAGGCUUUGCACAUGCCAGGGCACUGCAUGGAAAAAGUUGGGCAUGGUUCAGAGAAGAGCCACUUGCUGCAUUUUGGGAGGAAUAUUCUGGGAUCCUUGGGCUGGCGGUACCUCUGUUGCUUGAAGCAUCCUUGCAUUCACCUCUGGAGUUGCCAUAGAAACACUCCUGUGCUGGAGCCAGCAUCAACAUGGGGCCCCAAACUGGGAAUUGAGGUGAAGCAGCUGGAGGGACUCGCCAUCAGCAGGACAUUAGUGACUUGUGCUGUGCUGAGAGGUCAGGGGGCUGGAAAGAGGGAUCCUAUGCUCCAAGCACAGCACACGUAGGGCUCUGGCACACUGCUGUGAAUAUUGCAGCAAACUGCACUUUCACAAUGCUCCCCUGAAAUGCCUUGGUGGGACACGUAUGGUACCCCUCUACAGCCUGCCAGCCCUUUCCAGAAGCCACCGAGGCUCCUAAGAACUCACCACAGCUUUUGUCGUGCGCAACCCUAAAUCACAGAGUUGCACUGGAAACGCAGACCUGAUUAACGAACUCAUCCCAUGGCAGCAUGGCACGGACAGAAUAAAUCAGGCACUGAGUCACCGGCAGGCUGACACUCCUCUGCAACAUUCCCUUCCAGCAUGGCGGGCUGCAGAGUGGGUGCUGGUGCUUGGAACUGCCCUUUCCAAACGCAAGGCCAUGCCAGCUGCACCUCAGCACCUUGCUGUCGUGUGUCCCCACUGCGGCGACAUUUCCAACAGCUCUACAGCUGUUGCCUCUUUGUUGCCUACAGUCAGCUUGUGUCUUUCAUUAGCACCCAAGUCUCCUGCAUGUGACUGGAAACCUGGGGUGCAUCCACUGACUGCAGCACCACUUGACUGUUUCAAUUGAGAAUCUGUGACCUUUCCUAGAAGUCUGGAUUGCUCAUUCUUUUCUCUCUCCACUUUUGGGCAUUGGAGCAGGAUCCCAACCAAAUGAGGGGAAGAAAGCCUCAAAGACAAGAGCCAAGAAUGUCUUGGGAUGGAUGGAGGAAUCUUCAGGCAAAAGGGCAAAAUAAAUGAUGACCCUGACGGUGCUUAAGACUGACACAUAAGACUGACACAUUAUUCAUUUAAGAGCUCAUAUGAGUUACUAAUUAAAUGCUAACAAAUUGAAGAAAAACAGUUGAGGGUCGUGCAAGAUAUAUUGCUGUCUAUCUCCUGGUAUGUUCUUCUAAUUUUUACUAAAUGAAAGGCUUCAAGUGUCUGGCUGGACUGCCUAAUGCUAGAAGCACAGUCUGUUACUCCAGAUAGAAGGAAUUCUACAAGCCAGCACCUGGCAACACUUCUGAUCUCCACAGAGCUGCGUUAUGGAUGAGGGAGACUGGGACUGGAGCUAGCUGUCAAACCCAUAAUUAAAAAAAUGUGUUUUCUUAUAGAAUUUCUUUCUGUUGUCAGGAGAGAAGAAAUACAAAAUCUCAUUUAUCAUAUUCCACAAAUUCAGUAGACAUUCAAACCAGAAAGCUCCAGCCACAUCAGAAACAUGAAUAGUUCUGCAUAAUAACUUAAAAUAACGCCCUGAAUCCUAUAGCUCACGCACAAAGUGCCAGGAAAUCCUUUCCAAAUAACAGUGCUGUAAUGGGUAGAAGGC